AUGCUGCAGGAUACAAUUAGUGUUCCCGAUUUGGUUUCAACAAAACUUUUGAAAGAUUUAACAAAACAUACUGGCAAAAAAAUUACAAGUUUCAGUGAUUUCUAUGCUUUGUAUACAACAUUGGAAACUGAAAAAUACCUUAAUCUAACAUUACCAUCAUGGACAAGAAACUUAUAUCCCGAUGGUGAUUUGGGAAAGGGCGCUGCAUUGGCAUAUGAAUUCCUUAUCUACGAGAAAAACGGAGGAAUGCUGAUUAGAAAAUUUGUAAAUGACAUACUAGCUGUAAAAAGUGGAGAGUUGGAAAAAAAAUUAUUCCUCUACAGCGGACACGAUAUUACUGUUGUGGCCGUUUUAAAAACUCUUGGAGUUUACUUUACUCAUGUACCAAAAUUUACAAGUGCAGUUAUUCUAGAAUUGCAUCAAAUAAAAGGAGAUUAUUUUAUCAAGCUUGUCUACUAUUUAGGUGUACCAGAAAAGACAAUGGAUUUAACAAUUCCAAAUUGUAAAACUAUGUGUCCUUUAGAAGAUUUCAUUCGUUUAGUGGAAAGCGUUCUACCUAAAGAAUUGGCCUACUCUUGUUCUCCAUUAGAAUUGAAAGGAAAAAAUACGAUUUAUAAAGAGAAACUUUCGAAAUUCAAGCAAUUAUUUGCAUUAUCGCUUACAUAA